UCACCUGAAGCUGCUCGAUGCCCGCCGGACGCUACCUUCGACCACGAUGGUGCCGAUGCUCUCCAGCUGGGCGAGUGGCCCUCCCUGCUGCCCAGCAGGUGUCGCAGGGAUGCGCUCGAACACCCUCGCCCAUCCCUCAUCCCUAAAGCUACCGUCCACACACUGCAACGAGCGGGACGAGCUGAUGAGCUUGCCCAGGCUGCCGGGGAGCCACCCCUCCUGCCGCACGAUGGCAAGUGAGGGCAUCCGCCAGCCCCGGUAGGCCAGCACCUCAUGGUCGCCUGUCAGGCCAGCGAUGAUGGUGAGUGCGUCGAGGGUGAGGGGCGGGUCGAGAGGGGCUGGGAGGGGUGGGUGUGUCCUCGCGACGCUCUGCCUCGCCGUGCCGGUCAGCCGAACGCCUCCCUCGAUGGCGAUGGUCUGCAGCGUCCCGCCGCACAGGUUGGCUGCCCGUCGGUCGGCGAUGUGGCCCUCGAUGACGGCCACAAAGACGUCGAAACACCAGCAAGGGAAGCAGAGAGGGUAUUGGAGAGUGAUGGUUGUGAGCUGUCUGAGGUAUGUGGCCCAUUCCUUGACGAGGUCGAUGGUGGCCCUCUGCCAAAACGACCGCUGGUCUUCGUCCGCCGCGCUGAUGGCGAGGUGGUGCUGUUUGCGGGCCGCGUGUUGCCAUGUGAGGGGCGGCAGCUGCAGCUGCAUGAGCAGAUGAAUGGGGAGGAAUGCCAUGACGAUGCUAAGGAGACCGGGCUGCACACAACCACACACCACACGGGACGGCAAGGGAUGUGGGUAUCCAUCAGUGGAUGGCCUCAGUGCGUGUGGUUGGCUCACAGGCGCAUUCCCCCAGAAGCGUCUUUCCCUCUCAGCCCGACGCUGCCGCUCCUCAACGCUCUCGCCGCCAGCAUCGUCACCAGAUGCAGCCGAUGAAGACGAAGCCGGUGCCUGACACAUACGAGUCCUUUUGACCUGCACACAUACCCCAAACAGACACAGCCGAUGUCCGUCUGGUGAAGUGCGCCGUCCAUUGCCAGCGGUGCUGUGAUGCGCCUCACCUUUCUAUCGAAUCCCAU